CACAGUCAAGUUGAUUCUAACGCUGUAGAUAUAUUUUUUUUUGGCCCCGGUGUACGUUUUUUGACAAUCAACCUACCCAGCACCACCACUAUCGUGAAAUUGGAGCGAGAAUCAUACUUCAAGCAAUCAUGACAUCUUCUCUCAGCUCAUCAUUUCAACAUGCAAGUGAGGCAUGCUCAUUCCUGAAGGAACGCCUACCAGAUUCAUUGAAAGCACCUCGAGUUGCAAUAAUCUGUGGCUCUGGUUUGGGAGGGCUCGCAAGUACCAUUGAUCGCUUGCCUCAAGUCGAUUUCGAUUAUGCUUCCAUACCCCACUUUCCCCGUUCAACAGUUGCUGGACAUGCAGGAAAACUAGUCUUUGGACUACUCAGCGAAAAUAUACCUACAGUGUUGAUGGUUGGCCGUGCUCAUUAUUACGAAGGGCAUUCCAUUGACCAAGUGACAUUUCCUAUACGUGUCUUCAAACUCUUGGGGGUUGACACAAUAAUCUUAACCAACGCCGCCGGGGGACUGAAUCCUGAAUAUAUGGUAGGAGAUAUUGUUCUGCUGAAUGAUCACAUAUUCUUGGCUGGCCUAGCGGGGGUUCAUCCACUACGCGGUCCGAACUCGGAGGAGUUUGGCCCCCGGUUUCCACCUCUAUCAGAUGCGUACGACCUUCAAUUGCGUUGUAACGUCCACAAAGCAUGGGCCAAGAUUGCAAAUGUCGAAAGCAAAAGAAGACUGCAUGAGGGGGUGUAUGCCUUCGUCGGGGGUCCUAGUUAUGAGACCCGAGCAGAAUGCCGUAUGCUUCGCCAGCUAGGCGCCGAUCUUGUCGGAAUGUCGACCGUACCGGAAAUUGUUGUUGCCAGGCAUUGCGGGAUUAGAGUCCUAGCUUUGAGCCUGGUAACGAAUAACGCGGUUCUCUCACCAGUGCCUCGCGGAGACGACCACCGUCUUGAUGGGAAAGAUGUGGCAGAGCUCGGCGAGAUUUUGCAAGAAGGAAAAGCGGACCAUCAGGAAGUCCUUGAGGCAGGCCGCUCCGCCGCCACGGACAUGCAGAAGCUUGUUAUACAAACCAUCGCGGAUGUCUUUCAGUCAGGUUCGUAUGGAGAUACGAUCGGUGGUCAGUGAGCCAGCGCGAAUGGGGAAGACUAUUUGAGCACUGGGGCACAACUAGACGCUCCGGCAAUGCCAUAG